CUAAAACAUAUUUUUUGUAUAAAAAUGGAGGAAUAAUUAUACAUAUAUUAUUAUUUCUGAGAUGUUUUAUAAUGUAUAAAAUUCGAAUUGGAUCUGUAUGUGAAAUUUGCCAGUUACAAACAGUUUUCCACAAUGUCGAAGAGACUGUCACCCGCUUGCCAGGUGCAUCCAUCCACGAGGGCGGACGUUGUCUGUCAGAAGCACAAGGAGUUUCUGUGCACCAGGUGCCUCAUUAACGGCGAGCACGCGCGCUGUGACAUCAGGGAGCUGCGCCAGAUGACGUCACCGUCAGAGGCGGUAGCAAUCCACCUGCUGGUCCUGACUAACAUUGCGAAGGCCAAAUUGUUGAACCGAAAUAGGGUUGAAGAGGAGAUUGGGGAGCAGGAGGUGGUUGUAGCCACCCAGAUGGACCAUUUUCUGGAUCUUCUGAAAAGGAAGCUCGCCGGAAUGAAGAACGACUGUGUGAACAAGAUGCGGGAAGACUUCGAGAAGAAGGCAGAACUAGCUGAACAGCUUAAAGAAAAACGUGAUAUUGAAAGAGUGAUGGAAUUGCUACACGCCGAAGUCGAUAUUUUGCUUGAAGCUGACAGUCAGCCACAAACUCCAAGGAAACUGAGGGAGAACCAAUCCAUGUCGGAGGUGGAGUUCCUCCGACACCUCGACAAGAAACGGCAGGCCCAGAAAACACUCUCACACUUGAAGGAAACAAAGAUAAGGCCGACUUCUAAGUUCACCCUUGCGUUUAGCCUCAUAGACAUUUGUACUGGGCGUAGGAGAAAUUUCGGCAAAGCGGCCUUAGACGUUCGCUCUAUUCAUAUUGAACAGGACAACUGAGUGACACCGAUAUGCGAGAGACACGGCUUACGUAUUGAAAGCUACAUUCAGUUUAUUAAAUUAAAGUAUGUAUCAUCACAGAAACUUUAGCCUAGGUGAAUGCACCAUAAGCUGUUAUAUGUAUGUCUCAAGUAUAUAUUGCAGAAAUAAUGAUUAACACAAAAACAAUUGUUUAUCUCCUCAAUGUGGCGGAUUCUUUACCCCAUGUUGUUUUGUUUUGUUCUGUUGACGAUGACGAUUCUAACGAUACAGAUUGUAAUGGUAAUUUAUAGUAGGGGGGAAUAAACAAUGAGUGCAUAACAGUGACAAUCAAAACAGCAUGUACAAUAAAUAUAAAAAUAUUACAUACAUGCAUAUACAAAUGGUCCAUACUCUGCACACCGUCAUCCUUUUAUACUUAGUGUAGUAUUCUUAUUUACUAUGUGAAUUAACAAUAUCAAACCAUUGUCGAACAUACUUAUACUUGUCUACGCAUGGGGAAGCAAUUUGUUUCAUUGUUAUAAUGUAGUCAAAUAGUACUUCAACCUAAACCAUCAAGUAGAUCUUUAACCGCUUUUGUCCAGUUCUGUUUAAC